UCGCUCUUUCAAGUUUUGGCUGAUGAUGCGCUGAUUGUGUGACAUACUAAGUAACAAACGUCAAAGUCAGAUGCCAGAAGCCAUGGACCGGCUCACCAUCCUCUGCCACCUCCUGAUUUUAUGUUUUAAUCCAUCAGGAGCCACCAGCCACAUUACAGCGCAUGCAUCUGAAGCUAGAGGUCAGCGCGUGUGCAAGGCGGGCAACGGCAAGCCGUGUUACAAGCUGGCCUACUUCUCCGAGCUUCGGCGGAGGUUGAAUUUCGGGGAGGCCGACCUGGCCUGCCGUCGGGAUGGCGGGCAGCUGCUGAGCGUGGAGUCGCCGUCCGAGCAGAAGAUCGUCGAGCAGCUCAUCACGGAUCUGAGGCCGACCGACGGAGACUUCUGGAUUGGGCUGCGGCGUAACCAUGGAGAUGAGGACAGCAGCGGCAGCAGCGACUGCUCAUCGCAGUACCGCUGGUUGGAUGGCACAAAAUCUACAUUUCGGAACUGGCACUGGGAUGAGCCAUCAUGUGGCUAUGAGGUGUGCGUAGUGAUGUAUCACCAGCCGUCCGCUCCGCCCGGGCUGGGGGGUCUUUACAUGUUCCAGUGGAAUGACGACAACUGUGAAACCAAGCACAAUUUCAUCUGCAAAUACACAGAAGACAAGUCAGUUGAAACCUCACCUCCUAACGCCACUCAUGCAGACAUAUUCCCUCCAUCUGUGCCUUGGAAUCCAAGUGACCACAACGCAAAGAGGAGCACAGCCCUGAAUGUGAUUUACAUCAUCAUUCCCACAAUUCCGCUCAUUCUGCUGCUGCUGACGGUGAUGGGUGUCUGCUGCUUCAAAAUGCUCGUCUCACGACGGACGAAAGAGCAGAAGUCUGAAGUACCCGGGACAGAGCCCAACAUCCGGCCCAGCCCGACCCCAACUGACGUCUACAAUGUGAUUCGCUCCCAGAAGGACGAUGACUUGGUGUCUGGGCGCCCCCACACCAAAAACACGUCCUUUCUGUGCUCGUCCCCUGAGACACCUACGGGGGAUUAUGACAACCUGGGGGGUCACGACACAGAAAGUGGCUUCGUGACUCUUGCUAGCACCGAGAGUUGCUUCCUCAACUUUGACCUCAACGACCUCAGCUUGGGCCGCCGUGGUACGCGUGACCUCUACAACAGCAGCUUAGGCCGCCCGGCGAAGAGGGACGUCUCCGACGGGAGGCUGGCACGACCUGGGCAGUUUUCCGACCGCAGUCUCGCCCGCCGCACCACUAAGAGCGAGCAUUUCGGCGGCGGCGCCUACGGGGACCACGAGUUGUUUGAUGACAUCAUGGCAGCAAAGAGGGAACUCUACGAGCCCAAAGUGACGCCUGGGGCUCAUGCGGUCAAGGCGGACUUAUAUCAGACCUACAGCAACAAUGGCAAGGGGGACUCUUACCAAAGCAUCCUGGGAACGUACGGAAGCCGCAAACCCGACCAGGCCACACUGGAUAGCCACAGAAGUGGUCUGAAUCUCGAUGGAGGGAGAAAAUACUUUUAUGAACAACGCUGGCUGGACAGUGAGAAAUACUGACGUGUUUGUGAGUGUGUGUGUGCACAGUAAAGUGUGUCUGAUGGUGGACAUGGGGUGGUAAAAAAGCUGCAUGCAUGUGGUUUUAAAUGAUAAUGUAAAUGACGCAAACCAAUUCCAUAUGCUUGUUAUUAUAAGCAAUACAUACAUCCAUACAAUACAUUCAGAAAGUAUUCACAGUGGUUGACUUUUUGCACAUUUUGUAAUAUCCCUAAUCAGGAUAAGCGUUAUAGAAAAUGAACAACUUUUUUUUUUUUUUUUAGAUUUUAAAACAUUCUAAAUCACGUUUCUUUUAAUCAUAACAAAUAAAUUUGGGUGCAGUGCAGUACACUGAGUGGUUAGCAUAUCUGCCUCAUGGUCUAGAGUUCCUGGGUUCAAAUCUCAUCUCAGGCCUUCUUGUGUGGAGUUUGCAUAUACAUACUAAAAGCUACACAAAUUGGGGGGGGGAGGAGUAAUCAACAUCUAUCAAUAUGAUCCAGUGCAAUUUUAAAACAUUACAGAACAGAACAAUAAAUAAAAUUAGUUAAGUGACUACCUCUCUGACAGUGUCAAUCAAAAACACCUCUUAUAUUUUUGUUGCAGGUAACUUUGUUGUAGACAUUGAGUAGAAACAUGUACUGGGACUUCACACUCGCUCUCCAUCAAGAGCUAUUAAUCUUAACUAGAUUCAUGAGCAAUUUUGACAUUUAAUUGUUGGAAUUUUGUGAUUUGAUAUUGGCAUUCUGGAUAAGUUUUAAUCAUUGAACAUUGUAGUGUUGCAUGCAUGGAACACCUGUCACGUGCUUGAUGAAGCUUGUUUGCCCUUUAUGACAGUAAAUCAGACAAUGUUAUGGAGAAUGAACUGAAGCCUCCCUCAAACGUCAGGUUGACAUUGUGCACACAUAAGAGAAUUAGCAUGGAGCAUUUGGUUGCUGCUAAUGUAAUAUGACUUCUGUGUCCAUGGCAUUUGCAUGACCUGUUGACAUGUCACUGAUGUGUGCUGUGUAAACUCCAAGUCAAGUGUUUGUUUUUAUGUUGUAUAAUUGUAUAACAGCACAGCUGUAAAGCAGGAAUUCAUUAAUGGCUUCUUCGCUUUCCAACUGAAUCAAUCCAUUUUGAUUCAUAAUGCCUGUGAGUGUUGCGAUAGCCUAUUCAUAACGCAGCAUGUUACUGACGAUUGUUCCACUAGAUUGAUAUUUGUAAAAAUGGUAAUGUCUACU